AUGGCCAAGCCCAGGUCUGCUGAAAGCAUUCCGCACGUCACAGAACUGGGCCAAAUGUUCAGCCAGCCCCAGGCCAGCAGCUUGGCCAGCCAAGACGGGGUCUGGAAGAAGAGUCAUGGAGAAGACAGUGAGGAUGUGAGGAUCCUUCACACAACCAAGCCCCAGGUCUCUAAAAGGGCACCCAAAAGGGAUCAUAUGCAUACAACUGUGACCCCACCUCCAAGCAGGAAGCCCAGGACUAUGGCAGCAGAUCCCUUCAGCAAGAAGCCGGAAUCUACAGCAGAGAUCAUUGCCAAGGAGCAAACUUCAAGGUCACCAUUUGGGAAGGUUGCAGGGUCAUUCCAGAGCCAGGCAGAAGCCAAGGGCUCCCCCAGCCACAGGAGUGGCAGCUCUUCCACACCUGCUACAACAACUGCCACAGAACCAGAUUGGGUCACAAAGGCAGAGAAGCAAAAUGAGGCAGCAUCAUGGAGCACGGACAGAGAGUCGCUUCAGAGCAAAAUCACAGUUCCCAGGGCUGGAGAAGCAGAAGGAGAUGCACUUGCGCACAGCCUGCCAGCUGUAUCCAACCCUUCUCACACAGCAGCCUGCAAGCCCAAGACCCAUGUGGUGUUCCUGAAGGUGCACAAGAGCGCCAGCAGCACCGUCAUGAACAUCCUGUUCCGCUUUGGUGAGAUGCACAACCUCACCUUCGCCCUUCCCAUCAACGGUGCCAGCCAGCUGGGUUACCCACGCUACUUCCUGGCAGAGUCUGUGGAGGGAUUCACCGUAGGCAAUGCUUCAGAGUUUAACAUCAUUUGCCACCACAUGAGGUUCCAGCAGGCAGAGGUGCAGAGGGUGAUGCCAAGCUCCACCUUCUACUUCUCCAUCCUGCGGAACCCCAUCCACCUCAUGGAGUCCUCGUUCACCUACUACAAAGGCUGCUCCCCCUUCUCCCGUGCCCAGAGCCUGGAGGAGUUUCUCAGCCAGCCAGCCAGGUUUUAUAAUGCCUCGGCCCCUGACAGCCACUAUGCCAAGAACCUCAUGGCUUUCGACUUCGGCUUCAACCACAAUGGCAAUUUCUCUGCCAAGCACAUGCAGCUGAUGCUGCAGUACAUUGAGGAGGCCUUCGACCUUCUCCUCCUCUCCGAGUACUUCGACGAGUCAAUGGUGCUGCUGAAGGAGGCACUGUGCUGGGAGCUGGACAGUGUCGUGUCCUUCCCACUCAACAGCAGGGAGGGAAGCACCAGGUCACCCCUUUCAGAGAGCACAGCAGAGAAGAUAAAGAGCUGGAACAGGCUUGACUGGGCAAUCUACAGACACUUCAACAGGACCUUCUGGCAGAGGAUCGACUGGAGCAUGGGCCGGGAGCGCAUGCAGCAGGAAGUGAGGAUGCUGCGGGAAAGGCGGGAGCAGCUGGCCAAGACCUGCCUUCAAGGGGAAGGCAGUGUAGGCCCCCACAAGCUCAGGGACAAGUCACUGGCACCGCUGCAGUAUGGCAAGGCCACAAUUCUAGGCUAUAAUCUGAAGCCAGGGCUGGACGAGGUGAUGGGGCGGCUCUGUCAGCGCAUGGUGACACCUGAGCUGCAGUACAGCAGAUCCCUGUACAGGAGACAGUUCCCUGAGAAGGCCUAG